UGUGUUCGGUUAAUGGAAUUUGGCUACAAAUAAUUUAAUUCAUAAUGAAUUUUAGUGUAAUAUUCGCUGUUUUAACUAUCACUGUAGCUAUUGCAGAAAAGAGAAGCUAUGAAGGUUAUAGUGUUUUUAAAGUAACGCCCAAAACAAAUGACGAUGUUGCUAUACUUGAUGAAAUAAGGACGAAAAGAGUAGGAGAAUUUUGGGACGACCAAUUUUAUAUUAAUUAUGAAGCAAGAAUUAUGGUGCUGAAAGACAAUAGAAAAAGGUUUAAUGAUCUUAUUGAUAAAUCCAGCAUGGAAACGGAGGAACUCAUAAAAGAUCUACAAGGAGCAAUAGACAAACAAAUGAUACCAACACAACGGAGUUCAGCAUCAAGUGAAACUUUCCUUGGUAUGAACUGGAAUCAAUAUUACACCAUUGAUGACAUUAACCAGUGGCUGGAUGAAGUAGUUAAAACUUAUCCGACAAUUGUGACCCCAAUUGUCAUGGGCAAAUCAUUUGAAGAUAAGGAUAUUAAAGGAAUUAUAAUAAGAUAUAGACCAAGGACGAAUAGUACUUUGAUUGGAAUGUUGGAAGGUGCUCUUCAUGCUAGAGAAUGGAUUACAACAGCAACAAUAACAUGGAUUAUAAAAGAGUUCUUGACAAGUAGUGAUCGUGAAAUAAGAGAAUUGGCUGAAAAUUUUGAAUGGCAUAUCUUCCCUGUAGUCAAUCCUGAUGGAUAUAACUAUACAUUUACUACUAACAGAAUGUGGAGGAAAAACAGAAGCACUAGGAACUUCACUUCUUGUGCUACAUCUGGUGUUAGCGAUGACAUGAGCAACGGGAUUGAUCUCAAUAGAAAUUUUGACUCAGUUUGGAUGACCAUUGGAGCAUCUGAUAACCCUUGCACAAACACAUUUGCUGGCCCAGCGCCGUUCUCUGAACCAGAAUCGAGGGCUAUAUCAACUUAUGUCGAUAGGUUGAAUGCUCAGGGAAGAAUGAUUUACUACUUUAGCUUCCAUUCGUACCAGCAAUUGAUUCUCAUCCCGUUCAGCCAUGUCUCUGGACAAGAUGUCUUAUUAGCGAAAAAUUAUGCUGAUAUGUACGAGAUAGCAAUAAGGGGUGCAGAACGCAUUUCUAGGAGACAUUCUACCAGCUAUCGUGUCGGCGUUUCAGCGGACCUAUUGUAUCUAAUGAGCGGAACAAGCUUUGAUUGGGUGAAGAACGCUACCAACAUUCCGGUUAGCCUUCUAAUAGAGCUAAGGGACCUCGGGCAAUACGGCUUCCUGCUUCCACCAGAGCAGAUUAUACCUAACAGUUUAGAAAUCAUGGAUGCGUUAGUGGAAAUGGAUAAAACUACGCGAUCACUUGUUGUAAAUACAAGUGCUGAAUAUGUUAGUUAUAAAAAUUUUAAAGUAUUCAAACUGCAUCCUAAAACAGACGAACAGGUAGAACUUCUUAGGAAACUACAAGAUACAGAAGGAUAUUCAUUUUGGACAUUAUUCGAUUAUGUUAAAGUUGAUAGAGAAGUUAGGAUAAUGAUGGAUGCGAAUAAGGAAAAAGAUUUUGAAAACUAUAUGAAAAGUGUUGGUUUGGACGCAACCAAAACUGUGGACGAUGUUCAAAGUUUGAUAGAUGCUCAAAUAAAGAGGCCUCAAAGCGUUAGUCGGAACGUACUAGAUUACAACUGGACCUAUUACCCUUCUUUAGAAGAAGUUGAGGAUUGGAUGAAUCAAACUGCACUAAAACAUCCCGAUGUUGUCACUCUUCUUGACAUUGGAAGAAGCGUUGAAAAUAGACCCAUCAGGGGCAUGAAAAUUGAUUUCCACAAAAGAGCAAAACCGGUUAUGGGUAUCCUUGAAGGUACUUUACAUGCAAGGGAAUGGAUUACUACAGUUACCCUUACUUGGCUUGCCAAUGAAUUUCUGAAUAGUAAAAACGAAGAUGUCAGAUUUCUUGCGGAAAAUGUCGUAUGGCAUAUCUUCCCAGUAACAAAUCCCGACGGCUUUGUCUAUUCCUUAACUGAUGAUAGAAUGUGGAGAAAAAAUCGCAAUCCAGCGAACUUUACGUCGUGCGCCGCAUCUAAUAUUCGUGAUGAUUUAAGCAAUGGCGUUGAUCUCAAUAGAAACUUCGGUUUCCGCUGGAUGACUGUAGGAGCAUCACAAAACCCAUGCGCGCAAACCUUUGCUGGCCAAACUGCUUUCUCCGAACCUGAAUCACGUGCUAUAGCCAACUAUGUUAUUGAUUUACAAGAACAAGGGGAACUUAUUUACUAUAUGGCUUUCCAUUCGUAUUCACAAAUGAUUCUUGUACCAUACAGUCAUUCUACUGGAGCUGGCGUACUUGAAGUCCCAAAUUACGGUGAUCUGUUUGAAAUAGCAAUGAAAGGAGCAGAAAAACUCACAGAAGUGCACAAUAUUCCAUAUAGAGUAGGAACAUCUGCCGAUAUACUAUACGAAGUUUCUGGAUCCGGUUUUGAUUGGGUCAAAGGAGUAGCCAAGGUGCCAAUCGUACAUCUAUUUGAGUUAAGAGAUUUGGGGCAAUAUGGCUUUCUCUUACCUCCAGAACAGAUUAUUCCUAACAACGAAGAAGUUAUGGCGGCGAUGAUAGAAAUGGAUAAAGUGACAAGAAAAAUUGGUUACUAUUCGGUGUCUAGUAGCGGGAUAUCUAAAAUGAAUGCGCUGCUUAUAUUUGCAGCGAUUAUGUUUGCUAUUGUUUAA